AUGCGCAAAGAUGCUCCGAAGCACAUCGUCGUCUCCAUCGAGGCAGAGACGAAGAAGAAAUACGAAGGGGAAGAACAAAAGCAAAAAAAACGAACGUUGGCCUUACCGAUGGGUGAAUCGGAAACGAAGUUUUCCGAUGCUCCGAAAUCAAAGAAGAACGUUAGAACGGAAGAGAAGAAGAGAGAGUUGUGCGACCAGAAGAGCGCAGAGGAAGCCGUGUUUUACCACGACGAGUUGAACAGGAUGGCCUUUCGUAGCAGAGAGGAAGCAAACAAAAUAUUAAAAAAAUUCGCGGUAAAAUUCAAAGAGCAAGCCGAACGUCUGACGUCUAAAGCCGCGGAAAUUUACGCGCAGAAGAACGAAGGUGACAGUAGCGCUCAAGAUAUUCCCGAGGUAAAUGAAGCGGUGAAGGCGAUGAUUACUUAUAUUCAACUCUCCCGGUGCAUUGAGCCGAGGGGCAUGUCUCCAGACGAGAACCCGCACAUCGUCUACAUCAUCGCCGUCAUCGAGGAAGCGGAUGAAAACGGUUAUCGUAAGUUCCUCCGUUACGUGGUAGACUAUUCGCGGAAGGAGGUCAAGGAGUUUUUCGAAACAGAGUCGAAAAAAGGGACCAUCGCGUUUUUGCACAACGUGUCUGUGCUAAAUGCGCUGAAUUUACCGUUCCAUCCUUUGAAAACGCUGCGACAAAAAACCAAUUGUUUUGACUUUAGCUACGUCCCCUAUACCAAGGAAUCUGUUCAUGGGUGUGAUAACCGGAUGAAACUUUGCCGUGAGAAAGAUAUCAAAAACGCGGCAACUUUUUAUAACGUGCUUCACCUCCUUCACCCGUACGUUCAAGCGGCUGCUUUGGAGAAACCGCAGUGCACGCACUUUGUCCUAACGACUUUUGAUUACGUGAUGGAGCAAAACUACUAUCGUCCACUGACGGACGCAGAGGAAGAACAAGUUCGAAAUCACAUCAUCCACCGAGUCGAAAACCAAGACAGUAUCGUCUUUGUUGCUGCUAUUCCGAACUACCAGGGUUUCGGUCGCGGCGGAUACGGAGCGCCAAACGCUCCCGGGGGCGGGUAUCCGCAAAACGCUCCACCACCGGUCCAGCCGGACCAAGAAGCCCCACCAGCGUUACCUCCACCACCAGCGUUACCUCCAGUGGAUCCACCAGCCGUCCCACCUUUCGUUCCAGUCCAACAACACUACCAAGAUGUGGGUGGAUAUUACGUGGCGUUUGGUCAUUGGCCGCCUAUGGUGAAAGCCGCCUAUUCCGCCACGAUGUUCAAGUUGCUCAUGAAUACGUUUUCCGCGGAAGGUACACUCAAAAAUAUUCACUCGCUUCUCGUUCAUUCGCGUAAAGUUUGGGAAACCAUCCUCCAAACUGCGGUAGUCAUGGUGGCUGAUGAAGAAGGAAAGUACACCUUGGAUGCAACCGUGGAUAAUUUUGAACUCUUCGCGAGCGGCGAGUAUUCAAAGAGUGGCUUUGAAAAGAACAUUCUAAAAAACGCGCAUCUUAGAGAUGCAGUACAGAGCGCGUUGAUUAUUGAAGGCGAUGGUAACAACCAAUCUUCUGACAAAGUACUCUACGAGACCAAGUUGGAUCCUCGGUUACGAGCGGCACAAGUUAUUCAUGCGUUUAUUUCUGGAGUUACCAGACACCCGUGUAUGGGUCUGAGUAUGAUGGAAAAGCAAGAUUUCCACGCGAAUCAGUUGAAGCGUUUUCAUGCGUCGCUUGCCUCGCUCGCCGAAAAAAUACGAUUAAGAGAAGGCGAGAACGUCUUUGAUGAUAUCACGGCGGAUCCAAUCGAACCGAAGCGCCAGAAAAAAAAUGUCAAAAAAAGAAAGGCGCCGGAGACGACGACGACGACGACGACGAUAAAAGAUAAGUUGAACGCGACGUAUAUCAAAACAAUGGAGGCAAGAGAAAGCAAAUGGCGCAUUUUGUUGCCCACACCUGAGGAUUGGCGUAAAGUAAUCGUUGCGGGAAAAUCGCUUUGGUUCCAAGACGCGUACGCCAGGUGCAGAAACAUGCACCUCGAAAACGACGAGGUUUUCGAAAACGUGCAGACAGUUUUUGAGACGUUUGGCACUGAACUCGCGCUGAAAUUUCUUAGAACUAGUGGUUUCGCCUCUCGAUUAGGCCAAGUUGGAACGGCAAAAGUAUUCGUCGAGAAACUUCUUCGCGUAUUCGAAAAGUACUGCAACAACGAUCCUGCGUCGUUCGAGAAAGUUUUCUGCGGUUCUUUCUUCGCCGCUCUCGCGAACGACGAGGAGUUUGAGAACUUUGUCAAACGCUUAGAGCGAGUACUCGAUGAAGUUUUCAAUGGCGAUAGAGCCGCGUUCGAGAAAGUUUUCUGCGAUUCUUUCUUCUCCGUUCUCGCGAACAAGGAAUACGAAGACUUUGAAAAGUACAUAAAAAAUAUGAACAAGAUCUCCGCAAAGGACGGCGGGAACGAUUCUAAGUUGUUGCACAGUGGUUCACUCCAUUCAGCCAUAGCGAAAUAUGGCGAAAGCCAUAUGGAGAAGACUCUCGAUACGGUCAGAACGUUGCCGAUGUUUCAAGGCAGCAAAGGUGAAGCGUUGCUUGGAAAAGCAAUGCGCGACAACUCCUUCAUCUCUGCCAUCGCGAAAGACGAAAAAAAUGGUGGUUCAUUUUCGCGCACUAUGAAAAAAAUCCACGAGUCACCAGCGUUCGCUGGAAACGAGCAAGCGCUUAAGAACCUGUUCAAUACGAGCACGCUCUUAAGCGAGCUUGCGAAACAUGGCGAACGAUUCCUCACCGCUCUCGAGAAUGAGAAGAAAGAGUCGUAUGGAGACAAAAACAAAGAGUUUGCGACAGUGUUAGCGAGAACGAAACGUGGUAAGAGUGGGAAAAUUACACUUCCAGAGUUCGUCGAGAAGGUUAAAAGAAGAUAUACUGACUGA